UGAUCAUAUAUCUAUAUAUCAAAAAAUAAUGGGACAACAAUCAUUGAUCUAUAGUUUUGUUGCAAGAGGAACAGUAAUAUUAGCAGAAUUCACUGAAUUCACUGGUAAUUUCACCAAUAUUGCUUCUCAAUGUCUUCAGAAACUUCCUGCCACAAACAAUAAGUUUACUUAUUCAUGUGAUGGUCAUUCUUUUAACUAUCUUGUUGAAGAUGGUUUUACAUAUUGUGUGGUUGCCGUGGAAGCAGUUGGCCGUCAGAUACCAAUGGCUUAUCUCGAGAGAAUUAGAGAUGACUUUACCAAGAAAUAUGCUGGAGGGAUAGCUGCAACAGCUGUCGCCAAGAGUCUGAACAAAGAAUUCGGACCCAAGCUAAAGGAGCAGAUGCAGUAUUGUGUGGACCAUCCAGAAGAGAUCAACAGGCUUUCAAAAGUCAAGGCCCAGGUUUCAGAAGUCAAAGGUGUGAUGAUGGAGAAUAUUGAGAAGGUUCUUGACCGUGGAGAGAAGAUUGAGCUUUUAGUUGAUAAAACCGAGACCCUUCAUUCUCAGGCACAAGGUUUUAGGACGCAGGGUACGCAGUUGAGAAGAAAAAUGUGGUUGAAGAAUAUGAAAGUGAAACUGAUAGUUCUAGCAGUCAUCAUUGCACUGGUUCUCCUUAUAUUUUUCUCAGCUUGUCAUGGUGUCAAAUGUCUCAAGUGAAUGUGCAUCUUGGUUUUACUUUGCUAAUUUGGUUGUCCAUGAUUUUGUUCCUUUUUUCUUUCUUUUCUUUCUCUUUGGGUUGACUAUAAAAGCUUAUUUUAUGAAACAAUGCUUGUAUAGGUUGUACCUAUGAAGUUAUUAUGAUGAUAUUACAUAUAUAUUAUAGAGGCCAUUCUAA